AUGUCAAAUUCCAAAUUUAUUUGGAUUCCUGACCCACAUCUCCGUGGAUCGCGGACAAAUUAUGAUGAUGAGGAUGACGACGACGAAGACGACGACAUUGAGGCGAUGAUUUCGAAGGAAAGAGCGAAGAUUCACGAAGAACAUGCUGAGAGUACCGAGUUGACUGGCGAACGAUACAAGCGUUCGAAUAAACCGAAGCGGCGGAUUGAGCUCUCUCUCACAGUAAUACACCAUACGGAUACGCCAUGUGUUCUCUUUGUUGGCUGUGAGCCUCCAAUCGACCCCGUAAGGCUCACUCUAUCCUAUUUGGAUCAAAUCAAACAGACCGGAUCUGCCCAAACCAGGUCUGUGCAGCGCCUUGAGCCUAUCUAUGAUACGUGUAUUGCGGCACUUCCAGAACUCCUUAUCCUGGGCGAGAAGAUAUUCAAGGAAAAACUUGGUGGCGUAGACGCGGACGCGAAGCCGCAAGUUUCUUAUAAGAUAUUAUCGCGAAUCCGGAAUUGUACUAAACUGACUUCCGCCAAAAUCAUCGAGGAGCUACCGAGAAAAGUUCCACCAAGCCAUCGAGUUUCAUUAACGAACCCUGACAUCGUGAUUUUAGUGAUCGCAUACAAAUCAGUAGCCGGCAUUGGGAUCGCCCCAAGAUUUGAAGAACUGAAGAAAUACAAUGUAUCACAAUUAGUGGACGUCCCGGAUUUGGAUCUGGAUCAGGGUGGAAGGAGCCGGAGCCGCGUCACAAACGCUGUCGUGGCGCAGAGCACGUCUGACGCGUCGUUUGGCGGGAAUGACUAA